CCGGCAUCCGCCGAAGGGGGCUUCGGCGGCUCAUCCGUAGGCUACGGAGACGCACGAAGGUUGCCUCGAAGCAAAACUCGGGCGAGGAGCCAUCAUGGCGGACCAGGUCGCGCAGCUCCGGGCGGAUGGCAUCCAGAAGCGGUUGGUGCAGGAAGGCCGAGGGCCCCUACCAGAUUACCAAGAUGGUACCAAGGUGACCUUCCACUACCGCACACUGCUCUGCAGUCCAGACCAGCGAGUCUUGGAUGACAGCCGUACCCGAGGGAAGCCCAUGGAGCUCAUCAUUGGCAAGAAAUUCAAGCUGCCCGUUUGGGAGACUAUCCUGCACACCAUGAGAGAGGGAGAGAUGGCUGAGUUCUUGUGUGACACAAAGCAUGUGGUCUUGUACCCAAUGGUGUCAAAGAGCUUGAGGAACAUUGCGGCUGGGAAAGAUCCACUGGAGGGACAACGGCAUUGCUGUGGCAUUGCUCAGAUGCAUGAGCAUCACUCCCUGGGUUACCCAGACCUUGAUGAGCUGCAGCAGAACCCCCAGCCCCUCAUCUUUGCCAUUGAGAUGCUCAAGGUGGAAGUUCCUGGCACAUACCGGCAAGAUCCUUGGGCCAUGUCAGAUGACGAGAAAGUGAAGGCCGUGCCCCUGAUCCACCAGGAAGGCAAUGAGCUCUACAAGGAAGGCAAAGUGCAGGAGGCAGCUGCCAAGUACUACGAUGCCAUUGCUUGCCUCAAGAACCUGCAGAUGAAGGAGCAGCCCGGAUCCCCAGACUGGAUCCAGCUGGACCAACAAAUCACCCCUUUGCUGCUGAAUUACUGCCAGUGUAAGCUGUUGAGCGAGGAGUAUUACGAGGUGCUGGAUCACUGCUCCUCUAUUCUCAACAAGUAUGAAGAUAACGUCAAAGCCUACUUCAAGCGAGCCAAGGCCCAUGCUGCUGUUUGGAAUGCAACCGAAGCACAGGCUGACUUUGCCAAGGUCUUGCAGCUGGAUCCGUCGUUGGGCCCUGUGGUCGCCCGGGAGCUGCGUAGCCUGGAGGCCCGCUUACGUCAGAAAGAAGAUGAGGACAAGAUCCGUUUCAAAGGCAUAUUCUCCCAGUAGCCACGUUGCCGCCUGCUGCUGUCUCACUUGGGACAGCUGAGGCUUUGCUGUCAGCGCUCUAGGGCCAGGCAGCGCCAAUGGACCAUUUGACUCCUUGGCUCAGGGCUAGUGCGGCCCUCCCCUUUGCACAGAUAUCGGGGAAGCCGCCCUUUCUUGUCAGCAAAGUAUGUUGCCUCUGUGCAAAUAGCAGUAUUUGCCAAAGGGAAGAGGGAGAGGGAAGGGAAGGCUUUCUGAUUUCCCAGGCCAGAGGAAUGUGUCUGCCAGAUUAGGUGUGAGCCUCUUAUGUUAUCGCUCCAAGUGACCCUUUACCCUGUUCCAUUGCACACGGUGCCUUUUCCUGUGUUGCUCAUGAAGAGAGAAACUUUGCUUGUGUGAGAGCUGCCAGGAGAUACUGUGAGGUUUGCUUUGUGUUGUGGGCCAAGGCUUCAUCCCGCCAUCCCCUCCUGCUGUUAGGGAGCAGAGCAGGCUGAAUGGGCCAUUUGUGAUGAGAGUUGUAUGGAGGUGAUCAGUUUUCCCUUUGAGCGCCAUUCCUCCUUGCCAUGCCCUCUGUGUGCAGUAGUGCAUGUGUUUGCGCUUGUACUUAGUCCAUCCUGGCUAGUGUGCAGGUUAUAAGGUGAGGUUGCCCCAUCUCCCUUUGUGAGGGAAGCUUAUGUGGUGUCUGUAUUGCUGAGUAAGAGAAGGAACCAAACCAUUGGAUGCUCCAUCCAACAGGUCUUUUUAAAGGAAAAAAAGAGACUGCACCUACUGCAUUGUGGUUGUUGUGUUGGAAACUCUUGGCUUCUUUAAAGUGUGUUGUGGUGUGAUAGGUCAACCAUAGACAUGUGAUGCCCUGUGCUGCUUUGCAAUCUAGGAGGCUCUGCCGAAUGCCAGCUUCCCUGUUACUUGAUGUAAUAGCUGCUGUCAAUAUUUUUCCUGGUGCUUUGAGCUGGUUGGAGGGAGGCAGUUUCAAUUUUUUUUCUGCUAAAAUGAAGAAGUCUUCGUUUCUUUGGGCCUUUAGUACAUGACUGAGAGAGAGGAGUCUUGUGCAUGUUGUUUCUUGAUGCCUCCAGUGGCAAAUAUUCCAAACAGAUGCAGCACAGCAACAGGCCUCAGUCCUUCCUCCCUUCA